UCUCUGAAUUCCAUUGAAUUCUUAAUCCUCAGUGCAAAAAUCAUUCCAGUAGACAAUACCCCGCUAAAUCCAUCAAAACAGUCAUGAGUUACAGACAUCACUGAGACGAGGUACAUUCGCCUGUCAUCGCUCAUCAUGUACAUAUCAUGCAUGUAAACAAAUAUGUGAAAACAAAAUUGAGUACAGAACCUCCACAAAAUGACACAGCUGAAUGUUAAUGAGCAAUAGCAGCCCAGACCGAUAAAUUUCAUCAAUAAAAGUAACAAACCCAUAUAUCUUUGAUUAUCUACUAUGCUGUUGACGCUUUUCUACAUGAUAUCAACAUGGGUACAAUCGUGGAGACUUUCAUCUCUGAAGGCGCGUUUAACAGCUGCCCUAAACCUUGGUCUAGAUUCAAGACCAUCAAUUAUGUUUUAUAUAAAGCAGGAUUUUGUCAAAGAUGACACGUGUAAAACUGUAGGUGUCAGUGAUAAUGGUCAAGAUUUACUGAGUUCUCAAUUGUGCCGUAAUAAAACUGUUGCAAAACUUGGAGAUCUUCUUUGGUGCCAAGGUGACAAGAGACUGUGCACCAUUUAUCCACUGCAAAUAAUUGAUGUGAACGACUGGUUACUCUACCCCUUCGGCCACACAACCUUUCCCCUCUACAUGAACAACAAUGGCCACUCGUUGAUUACUGAAGAUUCGAAGAUGCACGUGCUAAUCGAAGCUGAGAUUAAUCACUUUCACCCAAACGCUUUCACAAAAAUUGUUAAACUCGAGGACUACGGUUUAAUCGUUGCAUGGACUGCGGAGAAGUCCUUUGCUCUGAUAAUUGAAACCGAUCUGGACCACAUGACAAAGCUGUCAGUAGCCCUGAUGCAGAGCCAGUGCUUCAUGAACAACGGAUUUUCCCUAACAAGAAUUGAGUCAGUGGAAGUUUCAGGGAAGCCCUGUAGCUACAACCUGGGGAACACAGUCCUCCAGGACAAAAAACUCGUGGGGAAGGCGCAAUUUGAGGCUCAUGUAAACCGUCUAAAAUACUUCAGUAGCACAGCUAGACACGUCUCUCAGCAAAGCAAACCAUACGAAGUUGAUAAUCUCCCCGGUGUCAUAAUAUCCCCUGGGAACAAUCCUCUUACCCUCCAAAUGCCCACAAUCCUCGAGAUAAAUCCACCUCCAGACGAUCACCAUUCCCCCACUGAGCAUCAAUCCAACGACGAAUCCUACGGGCGUAUCACUCCAUCCACACCACCUCCCACCCCAGCAAUAUUCAAUGAAGUCAACCACACAACCAAUACCCUGGACAACGUCUCCCUAGCCCUGACCAACAGCAUCGCAAAUAGUCAGCAGCACUUGAAUCCUCUGAAUCCAACGCAUCCAACGAAUGCAUCCAUCCCAUCUCCAAGCCCUUCCACAUCCUCAAGAACUCUCACCUCCAAUUCAAAUGUCAAUUUACAAACGGAGAUGUCUCGACACUCUCCUAGACGAGAUAAAUCUCAAGUUGAUGUCAAAACAGAGGGAUUCAAUGUCCCCAUGAAACCACCCAACGUUCUGAUCUACGCAGACAGUGAAAUCGCGAGGGAUAACAUCAAAUCUGUGUUGCAGGCCACUCUCAAUAGAGAAAAAUACACUAUUUAUAAUAUCAAUGCUGAUGAGACCAAGAAGGGUUCCUGGGUGGAACAGACACACCUCGUGGUAAUUUGUGGGAACGUCGAUGGAGAAAUAAGUUCCCAACUCCUGGAGUACCUCGUCAAAGGGGGAAAAUUGUUGACAUUGUGUUCAGAUGCUCUGCACUCUCUUCUUCCUUCAUUCAAAACAGCUGAGGUGAGGGAGCAUGAGCUCGUGAGGUUUUCAUAUGGAAAAUGGAAGAACGUCAGGAUGAUGCAUCACAUCUUUUGCUACCAGGCGUCACCUAUUAAAUCGAGGUUUUCUCAGGAUCAGGAGGAUGGGAAAUUCACGGCCCCACAGCCCCCAGUGUCUGCCAAUGUCAGGGACAAGGCCGGGAAGAGUCACACGUUUCACGUGAAGGUCUUGGGGACUGAGGAGACCUGGCACACGCCUAGCAUUGUACUUGCUGAUCUACUGAGCUCUGGGGGAAAGGCUAUUUUCUCCCAGAUUCAUCUGGAGGCUGAUCCUUCUCAGUAUGAGGGUGAGGAGGCCAAGUUCAAGGCUUUGAAAGAGAGCAAUCAGGCGAGGCUCGAAAUCAUUGGCGAUCUGCUGGCUACUCAUCUGGGGAUGGAUAUCAAGACGACGAUUGAGGCACCGGUUUUUACUCCGGGGUUUUUUCUUGGGAGACAUGAGCUGAAACUACAGAUGCUGGAGAAUUUGAAAGAUAAAAUUGAGAAUGAUAUCCUAGAAAUGUCAAAGAUAAAACUGCAAUUCUGUGGAGUUACGACCAAAGCUGUUCCUGCCUCAUCGUCAAUUCUUCCAAUUAUGCUUCAUCAGUGCCCUGAAAAUUUCUCAACUAUUGAAUACUUCGAGAAUCUUAGUACAAAGGAGCUAGGUCGUCUCGUUAUUUAUGGAGACGUAAUGACGUCCUCAAUGCAUGUGGUUGCUGGUCGUCAGCUGCAUCAUGGACUGGUAGUUAUUCCUCGUCAACAAACACAGGGGCAAGGCCGCAAUAAAAAUAUAUGGCUCAGUCCCAUAGGCUGCGCAAUGUUCACGAUGCAGAUUCAUGUUCCUCUCAAUUCUUACAUCGGUAGGCAUCUAUCAAUAAUUCAGCACCUCGUCGCGGUUGCCCUUGUUUCUGCAGUUAAAUCGAUACCCGGGUACCAGGAUAUUGAUCUGAGACUGAAAUGGCCAAACGACUUUUACGCUGGCUGCCAGAAUAAAAUUGGGGGAACCAUCGUCACAUCUUCAUUGCAAAAAUCACAAGCAAUCUGUGAUAUUGGCGUUGGAAUUAAUCUUUCAAAUAGCCUCCCGACGUGCUGCAUCAACGAUGUGAUCAAGAAAUAUAAUGAAAAACAGAAAACAAAAUUGCCACUUCUUACUUACGAGCGUUUACUUGCCUUGAUUUUCAAUGAACUUGAAAAUCUCUAUAAUAUCCUUCAAGAAGGGAAUGUCGAUCACUUCUACGAUCUUUACUACAACUACUGGUUGCAUACAGAUGUAGAAAUCGAUGUUAUAUCAUCCGAGGGUACAAAACAAGAACUGAAAAUCAUUGGAAUCGAUAGAUUUGGAUUUUUGGAAUGUCAAGAUAAUGAAGGAAAUAUUUCCACCGUCCACCCUGAUGGGAAUAGUUUCGAUAUGUUAGCUGGAUUGAUAGCCCCAUCUCUAUCGAGAUAAUGGGAAGAGAUCAGGCAUAAUAAAAUAGAGCAUAAUGACAGACGAGAACCAAACAGGAAUCAAAAAGUCAUAAUAAUUAAGCCAUAUUGAGUUAGUUAGGCGGUGUCGUUGUUUCAUUCCACUAGUCUGACGAUAUUUCCAUAUAAAUAGGCUGUUAUAAUUUGAUUCGUGAAAGUUUCAGCUAUUUAAUGCUUCCGCCAACGGCCAUACAACGGUUAUCAUUAAUUGUUGAAUGUUAAUGGGAUGUCAACGGUUCUUGUACAAAGUUACGUUUCUAAUGGUAGCUCAGUUUGCAGACUUAUCUAUUUUUUAUUCGAAUUUAUUGAGGACGGGAAUUAUUUGAUAUAAAUUGUUUACUGUGCAUAUUUAUGUGUGAGUGCUGCAAGCAAUUCAUUCCAUAAACUUAUUUAUUGCAUAAUAUUUAACGACGGAUUUUUUUGGUUCUAAUCAAAUUUGUUUGAGAACUAGUUUCUUUUUUUUGAGAAUAUUUAAUAAGGUAAUUCUACAAUUCAUAUCGCACCAUCAGUUCCAAUUUAAUGAUUUCGUUCUCCUUACAUUGAUCUUGAGUUACUGAUCUGCGAAUGCAAACUGAGACUCAAUUUGAAUAUUUCCCUCAGAAAAUAAACUUUGUCAUACGUUACCCACAAAUCCAAAGAUAAUCUGAUAAUUCACCCGUGUUGAGAAAAAAUAUGCAAGUGUGAAUUUUAUAUAAUCUAGUAUAUCUGUUGAAUCAAAAUGUCGAAAUUUAUCUCAUAUGUCUAUUAAAUGUUGUCUGUUGAAACAAUAUUUUUUCUUCAUUGACUGAAAA